AGAGCGCCCCGGCCACGCCCACCGCAGGCAGGCCAACAAAAUCCAGGCUAGCGGCCAACAGCGCAGGAGUCUGUUUCAGUCAGUCACAGUGUUCAUAUCACCCUAUCGGUACGUGUAGGUCACUUUUUGUGUUUUAUGUGUGGCGUGCGGUGCAUUAUGUGAACUUAGUUUUAACACUAUAGUAUCUUGACAUAACAUGGAACAGGAGGACACUCACCUUGCUGCACAAUACUUACAAGAUUUCGAUAUCGGUCACCUAGAAGAUGUUCCAGUAAAAAAAGAAGCCGUGGAUAUCCAAAGAUUACCGUCAAUGUCUUUGUCAUGUGGCGGCGGCGUUGUCGCUAUGGGACAGUCACCUCCUCAUCAUCUUCUUACACCUCCGGGGGCUCAGCCCGAAGAAUAUGGGGUCAUCACGAUGCCAUCUCACCACAGUAUGUUGAUACACCAAGGAGGAACUCUCAUGUAUCCGGACACACCAGGGACUCCACCCGACACACCUCCAGAGAGCAACUCUCCACAUUCUCCAGCAGGUAGGAGCUAUCAUAUCGAACACCAUCCUCAUCCCCAGAACAGGGGAAUGGUCGAUGAUGUCCUUUGGAUUCCACAACCUCAGCCUCUCGAUUUGAGGCCUCAUUGUGGACCGGAUCUUGCCGAGGAAUGGUCGAGCGUGAAAUGUGCUCUUCCAAUCAACCACACCGACGACUACCACCAUCACCACCACCACCACCAUCAUCACGUCGGUGAUGAAGCACCUCUUUCAGUGGCUAGGGUUCCCGACGGAUCCUCCGACUCAGCCAGUCCCGACGAUAUCAUUAGCGACAAUGAACUCAUGGGCUUAUCGGUCAGAGAUCUAAACAAAAGAUUACAGGGCUAUCCCAGAGAAACGGUGGUCAAGUUGAAACAAAAGAGGAGAACGCUCAAGAAUCGAGGAUAUGCCCACAAUUGUCGCAGCAAAAGAGUUCAUCAAAGGCUAGAGUUGGAAAUGAUGAAUAGAGAACUUCAGGGAGAACUUCACAGGUUAAAAAAUGAGCUGGCGAGGGUGAACCAGGAGCUGGAAGUGUACAAACAAGAGAGAGACUACAUGAAGCAGGAGAGGGAUGUCUACAAGCAGAGGCUGCGGGAGAUGGACAUGCUGCGGAAGAGGGAGAGGAUCCAAGAAGCCCCGGCCCAGGAGGUUUACAUGUGACAGAGGUAGGGAACAGGGCGGCAUCCAUCUUUACUCAAGUCUCUAGGUAUCACUUAUUAGCUUGAUUCUAUUAUCAGUCUCUUAGCUUAUUCGUGUUAUCUUUGGGAGUAUUGUUUAAACGUGGUUAUUUCAGCAACCCUUUGGUAUGUACAUAUAAAAACUUUCCCACCUUUUUUAUUGUUUAUGUAAAUGUUUAAAUGCCCCAAGCAGUAUAUGACGAGCCUAAAACAUUGUCAUGUAUUUACGGUUAAUAGUCUUUCUGCAAUUGUAAAAUAAAGCUGAACUCAGAGGUUAAAUAUUUUAUUACUAUAUAGUCGUUAAUGUAGAUGUAUUGGUAAGAAAUUUAAAUGUUGAAAGGUAUUAAAAUUUAUCAUAUCAUGUAUGUCAACUCUACUCGGUAGGGGCGAUGAUAUAAUUUCAGUACAAAAGAAACUAAUUGCAAUAAGAUUUUUAUGUUAGAAUUAAUAUUAUGAUAAUGUGAAUUUUUUACGAAGUUAAUUCCUAAGUUUAUUCUUAAGAGGUUCUCUUGAUGUAAUAUAUACACUGAAAACGGGAAUUGAAUAAAUCUCAUUUUGUCUGUAAUUAUUGGCUCGUGCCAAGAGAAGUUGAAUUUUGAUAAAUAUAAUUCUCAGUGCCAAGUAGAAUAUUCCUGUAUGCAAUAAUGAUAUUUGGAGAAUAUAUUUAUAUUCCACUAAUUAAUGUUUCAAAAAGUUAGCAAAUUGUUUGACGUUUCAUUGUCCCAGGAAGUACGAAUGUUAUUGUCGACACAAAGCGUUUGUAUUCCUAUUGAGUCUUAAAAUAAACAAAAUACAAAACGGGUCAAUGAAAUUACAACAUACUCAUGAAUUCUUUGGUGUCAUUCCAUUGUCAUUUUUAACUAAGGCAGUCUUUAUAAAUUCAAAUUUUCUUCAUCAUAAAACUCCUAUGUUAAGUAAUGCAAUAGUUUUAGUAAAUAUGUAAAUAAGAUCCUGUAGCUAAUUAUAUUUUUUACUAAUAAUCGAAAAAAAUUUGUGAAAUGUUUCAUAUCUAUAAGACACCUAUAAAAUGAUUCCUGUAAAAAUCAAAACAUAAAGAAACCCAUAUUUUUUCAUUUUUUGUUGUUUUUUUAUAAUGUUUGUCUUUAUAGAGAAUAUAUCAGUUGACAAGUUACCAUUCUGUUACCAAGUAUUAACGAAAAGGGACAGAAAAAGAUUUUCGAUCUUUUUUGUAUUUUACUUGAAUGAUGUACAGAUGUAAAGUCUAAUAAAUAGAUUGGAUCUUGGUCCUUUCUUUAAACUUAGUAUUUAUUUAUUUAUAAACUAAA